AUGGCGAAACGUGUUAAUAUGAUUUCAGAUACUGUAGUUUCUGUUACAAUGUUCAGCUACAAGAUGAACAUUAGCGAUAUAGUCAUUGGUAUUAUACUUUGUUGUUUUUAUAUUUUCGCUGCUGUAAUUUACGUUGUCACGAGUCAGAUUUGGAAAAUUGCUAUGAUCAUAAUAAUUUAUUUAUGUCAUGGAACAGCAGUCACUAUCACAACUUCGUUGACUUCAAAAAUGGUAGAACACCAAGAACUUGGUCGAUUAAAUUCAAUCCAAACUGGUAUGAAUUUUAUAUUGACAAUGGGUACGUUUAUUGCGUACAAUGUCCCACGUGGUAGCUAUUACCAUUUUUCUGAAUUUGAUCAUUAUUGUUUGGUGAUUUUAUUGUAUGCGGUUUUGACUUUGCCUAUAUUAGGUGUAUUCGUGGCUUUUCAUAUUAAGUAUAGAGACUUCUUGACUGAGAAAACCCCAACGACAAUCAACAAUUCUAUUUACACUAUUAGUCGUUAAUAGUUGAUAUAAUCAUAAAUAAAAUAAAUUAAUGUUUAUUAUUAUUAAAUUGAAUUAUACAUUUAGAAU